AUGUCGGACAAUGAAGAAAACCUUCAUCGUUUAGAGGGCACGUCUGGCGAUACUGUUGGCGGCUUAAUCAUCAAAAAGAAGGACCAACCAGCAGAAUUCCAGUUUGCAAGGCCUUCGUUGCUAGGUCUAGAUAAGCUAGCAGCAGCUAAACGCAAGCAAAACAGGCUAAUAUCCUUUCAACAAGAUGAAAAUGAAGAGGAUGAGAAACCUGCUACUUCUGGUGUAAAAGAACGUAAAUAUAGGAAACAUAAUGAGGAAACUCCGACGUACACUGGUGGUAUCUCGGAGGCGGCUGUUUUAAGGCAAUUAGAACGAACUCAAAGAAAAGAAAAAGAGUCAAAAGAGAAAGGAGUCCACAAUUCCACUCAGGAGGAGAAAAAGUCUCGCUCAAAAGAUGAAGAUGAUUUAUACUACCGUCACCGUUAUGACCGCCGCGACCGUGACAAAGGCGACAGAAGAGACAAAGAUAGAGAUAGAAGGAAAGACGACAGGCGAGACAGGGACAGAGAUAGUGAGAGGAGAAACUAUGAUAGAAGUGACAGAAGUGAUAGAAGUGACAGGAGGGAUAGAGAUAGUGAAAGGAGUAAUAGAGAUAGCUCUAGGAGGAGCUAUUAUGAGCCACGGUUCAAAGAUGAACCUAGGACUCCAAACUUGAAAGUCCUGAAGCCCCCAGAAAGCACAGCCUGGGACGAUGAUGAUGAUGACAGGGCGCCACCGCGCAAAUCCACUUGGGACUUCCCAACACCCAAGCCGAGAGACCUGGGUCCGAGUUCCGAGAGAUCCCAGCGGAGGCCUUUGAGAGAUUACAAGGGACGGCCUUAUGAGAAUACUCCUAGAGCUACUCCUCACAAAUGGGUGAGCUCUCGUCGCGGUAUGGAUGUUGAUGACCCUGACUGGCAGGAGGCGGAGAAGAAACUCGACCGUGAAUGGUACAACAUGGGAGAAGGCGAAACCGACGAAUCCGACCCCUUCGCUGGCGCGAGCUCCGAAUACAUAGCCAAGAAAGAAGAGCAGAUUGAAAAGAGACGCAAUCGCAAAGUGUCCGCCCAACGGCAGCAGAGCGACAGAGACAACGAGCUGUGGGAGCGGAACAGAAUGCUGACUAGUGGAGUUGUGCACGCUGUUAAUGUUAACAGUGACAUGGACGAGGAAAGCGUAGACCGAGUACAUCUGCUUGUUCACAACAUCGUGCCUCCCUUCCUUGACGGUCGCAUCGUCUUCACAAAGCAGCCAGAACCUGUCAUACCGGUGAAAGAUCCUACGUCUGACAUGGCGCUGAACGCGCGCAAAGGCUCGGCGCUGGUGAAGGCUUUUAGGCUGGAAAAAGAAAGGCGGAAGGCUCAAAAGAAGCACUGGAAACUCGAGGGCACUAAACUCGGAAACAUCAUGGGAAUACAAAAGAAAGAAGACGAACCCGAGGACGGGCCUACGAAGGAGGCCUAUAAGUACGCCGAACAUGUGGACAGCGAAACUAAAGACGCUAAAGAGCCGGAAUCCAAGUCUUCAUUCGUUAGGAACAAGACGAUACAGGAGCAAAGAAGAUUCCUACCAGUAUUUGCCGUGAGAGAGGAGUUGAUGCAAGUCAUACGUGAGAACAACGUAGUUAUCAUAGUUGGUGAAACCGGCAGCGGCAAAACAACCCAACUGACCCAGUACCUCCACGAAGAGGGGUACAGUCGUCUCGGCAUGAUCGGGUGCACGCAACCCCGCAGAGUCGCCGCCAUGUCUGUCGCUAAACGAGUCUCUGACGAGAUGAACACCAAGCUGGGUAAGUUACCUACUCUUUCUCUCUCUCUCUCUCGACCCAACUAUCCCAAUACCUCCACGAAGAAGGGUUCAGUCUUCUCGGCAUGA